GUCAUGAUGGACAAUCAGCUGCCCCUCACAUCACCGGAUGAAUGUGAUGUUGGGAUUUCCUCAGAGGGGUCUCAGGCUUCCUCUGAUUAUGAUGGAGAAGAAUAUGGAUCCAAAACUAAAUCUCAGGGAGGAAAGACUUAUUCAUGCCCGGAGUGCGGUCGAGGAUUUAAAGUGAAACGUUAUCUGCGAAGACACAUGAAAGUUCACAUCGGUGAGACUUUUCCCUGUAAAGAGUGCGGGAAAUGUUUUACACGGAGUGAUAGACUAAAGGAACACAUGAGAAACCACACCGGGGAAAAGCUGUAUACUUGUACAAUGUGCGGGAAAAGUUUUUCUCGGAAAUAUAGACUCACCAGACACAUGAAGACCCACACAGAUGAUGACUUGCAUCCCUGUCCAGACUGCAGCCAGAGCUUCAGUAAGAAAAGUGGUCUUUGCAGCCAUCAGAAAAUUCACAUGGUCAAGAAAAUCCAUUCAUGUUCGGAGUGCGGGAUUUCUUUUGAUACUCUAUGUGAGUUUACCAUACACCAGAGAGGCCACGCCGGUAAGGAGAUCUUCUCCUGCUCGGAGUGCGGGAUGUUGUGUGUAAGUAAAUCCCGUCUUAUUAUCCACCAGAGAAGUCACACCGGUGAAAGGCCCUAUUUAUGCUCCCAAUGCCACAAAGGAUUCGUAGUAAAGUCAGAACUUAUCAUCCACGAGAGAAGUCACACCGGUGAGCUGCCUUUUUCUUGCCCAGAGUGCGGGAAAGGUUUCACACGACACGGGAACCUCAGUAAUCACAUGAAAGUCCACACAGAGAAGAAGCCGUACCCCUGCACGGAGUGCGAUAGAUCCUUCAGCCGGAGAAAUGAAUUUGUUAUGCACCUGAACAAUCACACGGGGGAUCACCCUUUUUCAUGCUCAGUGUGCGAGAGAGGUUUUUCUCAUAAAGGAAGACUUCACCAACACGAGAGAACUCACAAGGGCUUCACACAACGAGGGAACUUAACUAAUGACUCGGAGGCCCAAACUCAAGAGAAGUUCUCCUGUCCAGAGUGUAAGAAAUCCUUCACCGGGAGAAGUGAAUUUGUUAUGCACCUGAGCUCUCACACGGGGGAUUAUCCUUUUUCAUGCUCAGUGUGCGGGAAAGGUUUCUCUCAUAGAGGAGAACUUCGCCUACACGAGAAAAUGCAUGAUGGUUUCACACAACAAGGAAACUCAACUAAUGACGUGAAAGUCCCCGUUCGAAAGAAGCCUUUCUCCUGUCCAGAGUGCAAGAAAUCCUUCAGCCGGAGACAUGAUCUUAUUAUGCACAUGAGCGUUCACACGGGGGAAUAUCCUUAUUCAUGUUCAGUGUGCGGGAAAGGUUUCGCUCAUAAAGGAAAACUUAACCUUCACAAGAGAACUCAUAAGAGUAAACAACCUUAAACCUGUUCAGAGUGCGGAGAAACCUACCUGGAAAAUUUCCUUCAACAUCUUAUUAAUAACACAACGGGCGGGGGGAGGUAGGAGGGGUGGGGGCGACAUGGCCAAGGUCUGAUACCUAGCAUACACAUCGUGUUCCCCCAGCACCACCAAUCCCACGACCCUUUUUUCAUCCGAUUACUAAACUAUGGAACUAUGGAGAUCGGAGAUCCUAGCCUAGAACCUGACCAAGUCUCGUUUUCAAAAUGCCAAGAUCUCGCUCCUCUCCAGGUAGAGGAGAUCCUUCACAGAGUUUCAGAAGAAUCUUUGAGAUAAUGGCAUGAAAUAAAGCUUCAUAUAUACCAGCCAAAUCCAUAUCCUGGAGGGAGAGACAACCAGAUUCUUUGAUGCCCCAGCACCACCAAUCCCAAGACCCUUUCUUAUCCGAUUACUAAACUAUGGAGAUCCUAGCCUAGAACCUGCCCAAGUCUUGUUUUCAAAAUGCCAUGAUCUCGCUCUUCCCCAAUUACGCUCCAGAGAUAGAGAAGCUACAGUAGAUCCUCCAGGGAGAUUAAGAUGAAUCUCCGGGAUAAAGACGUCAAAAAUGGCCUCAUAUAUCCCAGCCGACUCCAUAUCCUGAAGGAAGAGACAACCAGAUUUGUUGAUGCCCCAGCUGCCGCAUCCACCUCCUUGGACACCCACAAGCUCAAACAGGGGCUCCUCUGAUCAGCUUAUGUCAUUAUUGGAGACCACCUCAGUCUGGUCAGUCGAACUUUGUGUAUUCUCUUAUGAAAGCUCAGGGCAUUUCACUGCUUUGUUUUUCACCAUGAAAACUUACAUGCCGACCAGCUACUGAAGCCAGCCUCGUCUUUCUGUCAACAACAAGUUACCUUGACUCCUCUUUCUGACCCAACCAACCUCCAAAGUAAAUGGCAACUUGGCCUACCAGAUAUAAUUGAUGAGGACUGGACAGGAAUCGGUGUCUGUCAAAGGGAAGAUGAUACGGUUCUAAAUUCUUCAUAGAGCAGACUACACUCCCCAUAGGUUCAACAAAUUGAACCCUGUCCUAUCUUAUACCUGAUGGUGUUGCGGUCAUAGUGAUGGAGCCUUUUUUCAUAGACCUGCCCUUAUGUUUCUCUAUUCUGGAAGGAAGCGGUGGACUUCGGGCUUUGGCCCACCUCACUCCAACACAGAAAAUCUGCUUACUGGAUCUAGUAGAAGACAGUUUCCCCUAUUCUUGAAGGGCCACGUCCUAGGCUUACUGCUAUUUUGUGCCCGGAUGGCUAUCACCAUGACUUGGGGGGGGGGGGAAGGUUUUGGACACAUUUGGUAAACUCUAACCUUCCUCUAUAUUAAGACAUAUAUGAAAACGGGGGGUUGAGGGAAAAAUAUUCACCAAUGUCUAGAUAAAGUGGCUAGAGGAGCCAACGACGACUAUGGAUCCAGCCCAUUAAAGCUGAAUUCCAGGAACUCGGCUACUUUGUAAAAACUGCAGGAAUGCCAUGAGUUAGGUCUAAUGAGGUACGUACCGCUUCGUAUGACUUGUCUCUAUCCACACCUGACAGCUUUACUGUGCUUAUGGAGCUCCAACACACUGCUCACCUUGGUCUCCAUUCCUUCAAGAGCAAAGUCGCUGGAACUGCUAUGCCCUCCCCUCUUUCUGCCCAAUCACAGAAGCCUUUGUAUUAUGUGAAAAAAAAGGCUUCUGUGAAUGAGCCGGAGAAGGGUUUAGCUGCUCUUUUUCCUUAUCGUCCACUCACAGCCAAAGUGUAAUAAGCCUAUCUCAUAUAUUUACUACAGGUUCUUAUAUAGCGUCUUCAAUUUACACAGUGCUUUACACAUUCCCUUCAGUCCCUUCCCUUAAUGAGCUUACAAUCUAAGGUCCCUAACUCACAUUCUAGGGCCAAUUUUUGACUUGAGCCAACUAACCUCCCAUCAUAUCUUUGGAGUGUGGGAGGAAACCCAAGCAACGUCCAGGCAGGUAGUGGUAUGAUUGGGAUGCAAACCCAUGCCCCUAUUGCUGCUAGGCGGAAGUGCUAACCACUUAGCAACUGUGCUGCCCUUAUAAGUAACAGAUAUAAGUCCCGGAGGUGACAUGUACCGAACUGGAACUAACUCCGACUUCAAUGAUAUUGAAUGGGCUGAAAACAGACCCAACUCGGACCAAAGUAGUGCAGGAAACUUUUUCAAAG